UUCGUCAUCAUGGGGAAAGAUGAGUGCAAAACAAUGCUGGACGCUUUAAACAAAGUGACCGCCUGCUACAGGCACUUGGUCAUCGCCCUGGGAAGCACUUCGGACUCGCAGAACCUGCGAGAGGAGCUGAAGAAGACCCGCAAAAAGGCCCAGGAGCUGGCCGCGGCCAACAGGACUAAACUGACUUCCCUGCUCAAAGACAAGUCCAUCAGCAAAGAGGACCGGGCCGAGUACGAGCGCCUAUGGGUGCUGUUCUCGAGCAGCAUGGAGCUCCUGGAGGUGGACAUGAAAAGGUCCCUAGAGAUAGGGCAGGAUUUCCCCAUCAAGGUGCCGACGAGGCACUUCAUCCAAACCGGGAUGACCGGCAGCACCACCACCGUGGCGGCCCGGGCCAUGAGCGUGCAGAACAUGAAGUACGAGGCGGACAGCAACAUCGACACGGUGGACCUCCGGGAGCUGCAGACCGAGAUCACCCAGGUGAGCCAGAUGAUGGAGGAGAUGGAGAUGAAGGUGCAGGUGGCGCCGUGGGCCGUGGAGGCGAAGCAGGAGGCGGGCGCGGAGCUCAAGUCAAACAUGAGUGUAGGAAAUUCCUCCGUGGGUGUCAUCUCCAUCUGCGAAGAGGAGCCGAAAGAAGAGGAAGGAGGCGGCAGCAGAGACUCUGGCAUUGCCUCGGUCUGCGCUGUGUUUGUAUUCUUUGUCAUCCUUGCGUCCGCUGGGAUUUUAGGAUAUCUGGUCGUCAACAUGUCCUGAAGUGUCUAACAAACAACCCACUUAUGGACACCAUGCGCUCCACAAGAGAGAGAACGACCUUUUUUUGAGGAGCUGGACAAUUGUGGACACGCGAAAUUACUCAUCUUUAUCGGAUUUGUGAAUGUAGGCUAUUCGGUGGAGUUAAGGAGUUGCACUAGAUAUAAAAUGUAGAACAACACAAUGGACCAUGGGCACCAUUUCAGGUUAAGUAUUUUUAAGGGGCCAAGAGGUUGUGUAUUUUUGGAGAAAAAAAAGUCAUGAAGUUACGUGACAGUGUCUGGCCAUCAGUUUGAUGCAUACAACACGUAAUCCAAGUGGAUUAGUAGGAAAGCUCAAGCGUAAAUGUAGCCUACUGUUAUGUAUUCCCCUUAAUGUUCUGCAGAUUGAUGCUUUAAAUGUAUCAUUUCAAUCCAAAGUCAGGGGGCAUGUAGUCAGAGAAGGGUCAUGAUGUAUAGAAACUAAUAGAGCCAGUAUUCCGGUUGGAUCAAAUCUGCACUGUUCCACACCCUUAAGCACAGUUUUAAUACUUCAUCAAUUCUGUACAGCAAGGUUUUUAGUAGGCCUGCAUCUUACUUCAUUGCAUCAAAUCACAAUGUGCUUCAUGAAACGUAAGUACAAGAGGGAUCCACAGUCUUUUAAUAAUGCACCUGUUCACUGUAAGCCUGUCCAUGUUCUUUUUCAGGGUUUUCUUGCAAACAGUCUUGAAUGUAUGCAUUGCAACAUGUGAAUAGAAGGGUUUUUCACAACCUACAGACUUUGGUGUCAGAUAAU